AAAUUAUUCCCGUCCAAAUGCCCCGGAGAAUAAUUUCGCCAUUUGCAGCCCCAGUCUGGUUCGAUCUCCUCUCGGCCUUGAUUGUCUACCAAUUUACUUUUCACUGCUUCUGCCCUAACCCUAAUUAUCAGGUCUCUUUCCUGCCCUCGUGCUGCCGUUUCAGUACCCUAAAGAUAUCUCCUCCCUACUCCGACGAUGAAAAUAGCGUCAGGACAUUAGUUGGCCCAAAAGAUGCUGAUUCUUUAAGUUUUUCGGGAUAGAUGACUAAAGACCGAUGCGGGAAUGCUUACCGAUUUUGAAGUUUUGGACAUGUUACGUGCUCGAGGUGCACAGCGCGAUCCUAUGGCCUGUAUUGGACUUGUAGCUAAUUCAGAGUGUAAGGUGUAUGAUUACCUUCUACAAAGGGCUGCUUGCAAUCAGACUAGGGAAGUAAUUGAAAGUUUUAAGAGAAGAUAUGAAGAGUUCAAGAAAGGAAAUGAAAAGCGCAAGCUUACAAAGGCUGAACUGUUGAAUAUCAUCAACUUCAGGCCAUCCAGUCAUGCAGAGCUAUAUGCGGUUAUACCCAAUUUGGAUGCUCGCUUCAAGGUAAAUGAAGAUGGCGGUUCAAAUGAUGUUGACGAACUGUUAAAUAUUGUGCACGAGAUGUUGCCACCACCUCCACAACAACCUGAACAGGAAGCACCUGAUCAUGAAGAAGGUACACAAAACGCAGAAGCAAUGGAACAAAACUAGACAGUUUUGCCUCAUCUGCCUGUUUUUAUUGUGGUUAAAGGGCUCACUCUGUUGCUUUUAGAUGCAGAAACUCUCUCUCAAUGAUUGUUUUUGGGGAGAAAUCAAUUUUUUCUUCCGAUCAUUUUACAGAAUCUUCAAGCAACUAAAUGAGCCAUAAUAGAGUUUGUUCUUAGAUUGC